AAAAGAAGCAAAGGACUUCUAAUGCAAGUGCUUUUGAGCGAUAGGAAACAAGAAGAAGAACAAAGAAGAAAAAUUUGUAAAAGAAGUCCUUUCACACACACACUCUCUCACUCUAUCCCUCUUUUAUUUGCUUUGUAUAGAGAGAAUUAACAAUACAGGUACUAUACAAACAGCCAUGUCUUUGGGCUACGCAGAGAAGCUCUCUUUUAUAGAAGAUGUGGGCAACGUUGGCAUGACUGAACUCUUUGACACACCUCAACUUCUGCAAGAAAAAAUUGAACAGCUUGCCAAAUUAAUAACAAAGAGUAAGCAUCUAGUAGUGUUUACAGGUGCAGGGAUAUCUACAUCUUGUGGUAUACCUGAUUUUCGAGGUCCCAAGGGAAUAUGGACGCUACAGCGUGAAGGCAAACCCUUGCCUGAAGCGUCCCUACCAUUUCAUCGCGCAAUGCCGAGCAUGACUCAUAUGGCGCUGGUCGAAUUAGAGAAGGCAGGCAUCUUAAAGUUUGUUAUUAGUCAGAAUGUAGAUGGCCUCCAUCUUCGCUCUGGAAUACCAAGAGAGAAACUUGCAGAAUUGCAUGGUGACUCCUUCAUGGAGGCUUGUCCUUCAUGUGGAAAAGAGUAUUUGCGUGACUUUGAGGUGGAAACAAUUGGAUUGAAAGAGACAUCACGACGUUGCACUGAUAUAAAAUGUGGAGGAAAACUUAAAGAUACGGUCCUUGACUGGGAGGAUGCACUGCCCCCCAAGGAGAUGAAUCCAGCAGAAAGGCACUGUAGAAAUGCUGAUGUUGUAAUGUGUCUGGGAACUAGUUUGCAGAUAACUCCAGCGUGCAAUCUGCCACUUAAAUGUCUUAGUGGUGGGGGAAAGAUUGUUAUUGUGAAUCUUCAGAAAACGCCAAAGGACAAGAAAGCAAGUUUGGUGAUCCAUGGGCUUGUAGAUAAGGUUAUUGCAGGAGUCAUGGACUUGCUGAAUUUGCGUAUUCCUCCAUAUAUUAGGAUUGAUCUUUUCCAGAUCAUUGUAACUCAAUCCUUGAGUGCAGACAAAAAAUUUGUGAACUGGACUCUCAGAGUCGCAAGUGUGCAUGGACAAAAUGUGCCACUGCCAUUCAUCAAAUCUGUGGAGGUUUCCUUCUCUGACAAGAUGAAGUACAAAAUAGCCAGUCUAGAUAAGCAUCCAUUUCAGCUGAAGAGGAGAACCAUUACUACAGAAGUCUUUGAAAUCAUGUUGAAACUCAACUUUAGUGAUGGUUGUGUUUGUCCAUGCACCCAAAUCACUAUCCCUUUUGAUUUUAAGGUUUCAGCAAAGAGUUUUGAACCUGACAAGGAGGCAAUAUUCCAAAAGCUAAGAGAGACAGCAACACAAGAAUUCUGCUGUGGGCAGAUUUCCCUUCUUGAGAGGAAGGUUUUUUCAUCCCCCAAAAGUGAGACUGCAGUCUAUGCCAUUGUUACCAACAUCAAAUGUUUUGAAUCUCAUACUCUCACCAAUGGCGAUCUCAAAUGGCAAAAGGGAAGUGUGAAUGGUAUUGAAACAUCUCGGAAACGAUCAAACAGUCGUAAGCGUAAAUCUCGACCAUAGACAACAAGGCUAGCCAUUUGGGUUUUGUACAUACUUGAACUUUGAUUAGAAUGAUUGAAUGAAUCUCACAGGUCACAACAUAUUUUGCUGAGUGAAUUUUGUUAGAUGUUACACUCAGUCUCCCCAGCUAUGGAUAGGAUAGCCAGAAACUUGCUAUAGCAGAUUAUGAACACAUUAGUUUCUCAUAGCAGGCAUUUCUCUCGUUUGCACAUUUGUAGUGAUGACUAGAAUCGUCUCACUGGAGCUUGUCUUUCUAAAGAUCUUAUGACAUACAUCCAUUUUAAUUUACUUAUGGAUUAGAUCAA